UUGAAUGAAUCAAACAGCUUUAAAAACAAUUUAAUCAAUUUCGUAGCUUAUUUCAUAGCAUUAUAUCUAUUAACAAAAAAAAUAGCUGAUUUUAGAUUAAUAUUCGAAAGACUUUUAAGAUAAAAAAUGAAAUAAAAAAUAAAGAAAGCAUCAUUUUUAUAAUUAUUAGAUAUGUUUGGAGUAGGAGUAAAUAUGAAAAUAAACAGUUAAGAUCUUUAUAAAACCAGAAUUGGAGGAAUAUUUACAAUUAUGCUUAUUUUAGUUAUGAUUAUAUUCUCUGCUAAUUUAUUUUAGCAAGUUCUUUAUAAAUAAAACCCUAAUUUGCUAUUUUAGUAACAAUAGAUUAGCUAGCCAUAUCGCCAUGAUAUAGAUGCAAGUAAUUUUUCUUUAGCAGUAACUCUUUUAGAUGAAUAGACAUUGCUUCCUAUUUACGAUGAAUCAAUUUUUACAAUAAGUGCUUAGGUUUUUUACAAAAAUAAUAUCAAAAAUUAAGAUGGCACCUCUUAUGUUGAAAGUGGAACUAUAGAUUUAGUCAUGGAAAGAUGCACAGAAAAUGAUUUUUAAGAGCCAGAAAGUAGGUCGUAUUUUAUGCAGUUAGACUUUUCAAAAAUGUAUUGCAUUAAGCCUGGUUAGAGUGGGAUGUUUUUAGAAGGUUAAUUUGAUGCUGAUAGAUUUAACAUGGUAAGAAUAAAUAUUAAUGAAUGUAUUAGUACGAAUUGCAAAGAUCCAACAACCAGAUAAAAUAUUUUAUCUAACACAGACCUUUAAGUCUAUUACACAAAUAGUGUAGUUUAAAUAACGAACUUAAAGAAACCUUUCAAAAGGGUAGGAUAAACUUAAUUUUGGAAGACUAAUUACAAUAUGGUUUAAUAAGUAAAUUUGAUGUUUAUUAAUUAAUUUGUAUAAGAUGAUAUGGGACUUUUUUAUUCAGAAGAUUUAGAAACUGAAAACGAUUUAGCUUUUAGUAGUGAAAGAAUUCUUCUUGGAUCAAGACAAGCUAGCCAAGAUGCACCUUUUUAUUAGAUAGAAAUAUAUAUGGAAAAAAACAGUUAGAAUAUUUACAAAAGAACUUAUAUAAAAUUUCCUUAAGCUGUAUCCUAAAUAGGUGGUAUAUUUAAUGUAAUUUUUGCUUUAGGAUGCUUAUUUACAAAGCCAUAUGCCAAAUAUUAAUUAUAGAAAAAAAUUAUAAAACAUUCUUUCAAUUUUAGUGAAGGAUAAGCAAGCAAGACAAAGAAAAAAUUGGGAGAUAAUUCUAAUUUAGUUUAAAAUAAGAAAUUAUAACUAAAAAAUGACUCUUCCAAAAAAUUAGAUCACAAAAUUGAACUGUAAAAUAAUAUAUUAAAAAAGUAAAAUGAGAGUAUUUAACAGUAGACAAAAGGAUUUUUUGAGACAUAAUCAUUUAAAUUAGAAAAAUCUCAUAAUAUGAAUACAUUCAAUAAUAACGAUACCUAGUUAAUUUUUUAGUAAAGUUUUAAUUAAAAACCUCAAUUUAAAGAAAGUACCAAAGGUAAGGGUAAGUAAAUUGAUGCAGCUUCAGCAGAUAAAGUAAUUAAAGAAAAUGAUGAAUUUAUAAUUGAAAAUAUAUAAAAAAAUGAUUUAGAAAUUUAAAAUAAAAGCUUUUUUUUAAAAAUUUCAUCAAUGUUUAUUAAAGGAAUAUAGAAUUAUCUAAAAAGUUAUACAGUCUUUUUUAAUAUUUGCAAAUAUGUUGAAUUUAAUUUUUGUGUGAGCAAAAUAAAUUAAUUUACAGAUGUUUGCACAAUAAUAAAUAAAUAAAUUGAGCUUUAGAGAAUUAAAUUUAUUUUACUUAAUUAUGAUUAGAUCUCAGCUUUUAAUUAAAUUCCCUAACCUAUUGUCAGUGAACAUGUAAUAAAAAUGGAUCCUUCGAUUUCAUUGUUUGCUCUAAAUAUGAUAGAAGAUAAUGAAAAUGAAUUUUUACAUAAAUCUGCUUUGUAAAGCCAGUUGAAAUAAACAUAGAAAUAUGAUACUAAUAUUGGUAAAAAAAAUAUUAUUUUAAAAAAGGAAUAUAAAAAUAAUCCUAAUCAAAAGAUUUUGUAGAUGAUUAAUUUAGAUCAUUAAUAAUAAAAUAUUAAAGAAUAAAUUUACUCAGAAGAAAAAAUAGAGUAAUCAAUCUCAAAAAAUGAAAGUAUUUUUAAAAUAGCAAACACAAACUUUAGCUAAAAUACUUAAAUUAAAAAAAAUAGCAAUUUACUAUCUUUUAAUAAUAAAAUAUCUUCUUCAUAGAUAAGCGAAAGUAUAAUUAUUGAAAGCUUUAAUAUAUCUCCAUAAUAAGUGUAUUAAUCAAAAGAUACUCCUAUAAUUCCUCAUUUAAUUUCUUCUAAAUUUAAUGAAAAAAAAUUACAUUUUAAAUCAGAUGAAUAAUUAGAUUGA